GGUCAGGACAAAGAGCACACCAUUUUCUUAUCUUCGUCGUCGCGUGAGACAUACAGUCGCAAGUCAGUUCCACACUUCGAUUGAUGUACGAGAUAGGUCAGAGUGUCAGUGUCAGUUAUCAAGUUGACAAACAACGAGCAAAUAAUCCGUCAAACAGCAAAACACCAUCCAGUUGUCACGAUAAGAGAUGACGCGCAGACUUCCUGCGCGCGGAAGCAAGAUUAUAGCUGCUGCUAACAUGGCAGCCCUAGUCCAACAGUCAUCCAUUCAUCCAGACGACUCGCGCCGGCUGAUAGUCAAGAUUCCGAAACGUAUAUGGAAUGCAUGGGACCCACGGAAAACAAUCAAAGCAAAGACGGCACCGAAGAGGAGAAUUGAUUUCGUGAGGGAUAGGGAUAGUCCCACCCUUCCAGCACACUGCAAGGCUAAACUUUGGAGGUUUCAUUACGGCGGUCCUGCUAUGAGAGUUGCUGGCAAAUGGCAGAAUAAGAUCACAUACGAGACGCCUUGUUUACAAACUUCAUGCGUGAACUGCCAAAAGUGGCAUCCGCAUCUUCUCGAUAUGAGCAAUUUUCCGGAGGGGAACGGUGUUGUGCGAGCGACUGCUGUGGAAAUCGAAUGUAACAGACCGACGAUCAGUCCUCUAAGCCCGGAAGUUGAGCGCAGGAUGUUGGAUGACUACGCAACUGAUUUUACGCCUGACGUGUCGAUUCCAGCUUCCGAUAUCAUUUCUUCUGGCAAACUCAACAUAGUCCUGUCUUCAUCUCCGGUCAAUCAGGCUGUUUCGGCCGCUUCGCCGUAUACCAGGUGGCGCUCUGAACAGCGCCAACGGAAUACGGUAAGACUAAAGUUUACAUCAUUUGAGGGGCAGAAGAGGUUCAGGACGUUGGUGGGAGAGAGAGAGCGGAAAGAAAAGAAGCUAGAGAAGAGAAGGCACCAUAGGUUCAGCAGGACCAAGUCACAGGGACGGGCUGAUGGAGAUGGUCGCAGUGGUACUGGUACGAGCGACGACGGUAGAUGGAAGCAGGGACAUAGGGUGAGGUUGAUGUUCAGGAGUCAAGAGGGGAGGGAUGCGUAUCGGAGGUUGGUGGACAUGUAUUGAUGAUGACCAAGGAUUGUUGAACACUGACUAAGAGUCCAGUUGGAACUAUGCAGGUCUGGUCGAGAUAUUCAGUCGUCGCAAGAAGUGACGUAGAAGCAUUCCAGCGUCGGUAUUAUCUGCCGUCAAAUCAUAGACAUUGCCACGCAAGGUGACUGUUAUCCAGCUCGCAGCGGAAACCCCCGCCGUUGUCGGUGACUAGAGUGCCAAGAUCCCUGUUUGCAACCCACCACAACCAAUGUGCAGUCACCCGCACGCACACGGCUGUUGUAUAUAGUGCUCCCAUGUCCACCCCUCCAGAUGCCGGACGAGGCUCUUGCACCUGUCCCUCUCCCCGAUGACGUCCAUGACGUCCAUGGUUAAGAUACGGCCGAGUGCGAA